AUUAUAACCUCUAUAAUGUGCAUCUUGGCAUCUCCAUUAGUUUCCUGUCAGCCAUUUUUGCGAAGUAUCUGAAAACGCGUGAGUUUCUAGUGAGGAUUUCAAAUUUUUCCUCUACCAUCGGUCACUAAUUAUGGGCGAAAGAGAUGAUAAAGAUCGUGACCGAGAUAAAGAACGUGACAGAGAUCGCAGACGCAGAUCAAGAUCUCGCGAUAGAGACCGUGACAGGAAAAGGCGCUCCCGGAGCCGCGACAGACGAUCUCGCUCGAGAGAUAGGAAAAAAGACAGGAGUAGGUCAAAAGAAAGGAAGACAGGUAAAGAUGGCAAAUCUCGGAGAAGGAAGCCUUCCCUUUACUGGGAUGUCCCUCCACCAGGAUUCGAGCACAUCACACCUCUACAGUACAAAGCCAUGCAAGCGGCCGGCCAAAUACCUGCAAAUGUUGUGGCUGACACCCCCGCUGCUGCUGUUCCUGUUGUAGGCUCCACUAUUACAAGACAAGCCAGACGUUUGUAUGUCGGGAAUAUUCCGUUCGGAGUCACAGAGGAUGAAAUGAUGGAAUUUUUCAAUCAGCAGAUGCACUUGUCUGGCCUUGCGCAAGCAGCAGGCAACCCUGUAUUAGCUUGUCAGAUUAAUCUAGAUAAGAAUUUUGCUUUUCUAGAGUUCCGAUCCAUCGAUGAAACAACGCAAGCCAUGGCAUUUGAUGGUAUCAACUUUAAAGGACAAAGUUUAAAAAUACGUAGGCCUCAUGAUUACCAGCCCACGCCAGGAAUGAGUGACAGUGGAUCGAAUGCCCUCUCUGGGUAUGAUUCAUUGCUGCCACCUUCAACAUUCGCACCAGUGGCAGGGGUGAUUAGCACUGUUGUUCCUGAUUCUCCUCACAAAAUAUUCAUCGGUGGAUUACCAAAUUAUUUGAACGAAGAUCAGGUCAAGGAAUUGCUGCAAUCCUUCGGACCCCUGCGAGCAUUCAAUCUGGUAAAGGACUCCGCUACAGGUCUCAGCAAAGGCUAUGCCUUUUGUGAAUAUGCUGAUGUAGUUAUAACUGAUCAGGCAAUUGCUGGUCUGAACGGUAUGCAGUUUGGAGACAAAAAACUGAUAGUGCAACGAGCAAGUGUAGGAGCCAAAAAUCCUGGUCUUGGUUCACAAGUUCCAGUCACACUUCAAGUACCAGGUCUUGUCAAUGUUGGAGCGGCUGGACCUCCUACGGAAGUAUUGUGUCUGUUGAAUAUGGUGACACCUGACGAAUUGAGGGAUGACGAUGAGUAUGAAGAUAUUCUCGAAGAUAUCAAAGAGGAGUGUGGGAAGUAUGGUAUUGUUCGCUCUGUAGAAAUUCCGCGUCCAAUUGACGGUGUGGAUGUUCCAGGCUGUGGCAAGGUGUUUGUGGAAUUUAAUUCUGUAGUUGACUGUCAAAAAGGUCAACAAGCCCUCACAGGUCGUAAAUUCAACAACAGAGUUGUAGUCACAUCCUAUUUCGACCCGGACAAAUAUCAUCGAAGAGAAUUUUAAUUUUACACUGUUUUAUCUGAAUUUUUUAGGUUUAAAAAAUUUCCAGAUACGUAGAUCAGGCACAAGUCACAAGAUUUGCUAAACUUCGUGAAAUAAUUAAGUUGCUACGCCUGGUCUUUACGGGACCAAAUGCUUCAUAACCUCAUUUGUGGUAAAAGCCGGAGCUUAAAUUUCUUUGUCCAGUAAUGAAAAAAUCGGGAACUGCUUUGAAUGCAGCUUUCUCAUACCAUAGACAAUAUGUUCCUUGGAAUACUACACCUAUUUGGGCGUAUUUAUGCCAGAAGGAACUGGGUAAAUGUGAAUUAAAUCUAGAAGAACAACAUGAACAGGAAUUUCAUCACUCAUAGAUUCUUUUGAUUUAAGUAAUUUGCUUACAGCUCGUUUUAGCAUAAUAGUGUCCAUUCAAUUUUCCUUUAUUCUCUCUUUUUGCCAUUUUUUUUUCCUUCUAAUUCCUCGUGUUUGAAAGAUUCUAAAUUAUCUGUGCACUGAAACAGAAUACCAUGUGAUAAAUUCUUGCAAGAAUUAAUUUGACAAAACUAAUAUCUUAGGAUAUACUAACCGCAUGGUUUGUGCAGAUACUGAGGAAAGUGCUACUCUCAAAAUCUUUAAUGUACUUUGACUCUGAAGCAUUGAAAAAAUAUACUUCAACAAACCUAAAAUUUCUUGAGAUUAGAUGAAAUCUUCCUAAGAAUUGUGUUUUUAAAUAAUCAGCUGGCUCUAUGAGUUUCAAGUUUUUGGUCAUCAGCUCAGUCGCAGAAUGUAGCUAAAUUCACUGAAAUUGUGAGAAAUGCUAUCUGUUGCUCACUGCUUAGAAGGUGCACUUGUGAUAAAUGAUUUGAAAUUUUAAAAAAAUAUUGUGAAAAUUCUUACCUUUUUUUUUCUUUUUUUUUUGUGUUGUGUGUAGAUAAACAUAAAAAAAGUCUCACAGUGUAAUUAAUUAUAAAAUGUGCCACUGAACGAUAGUAGGGAAAAUACUACUUGAUAUUACUUAAAUGUUUGAUUCUCGGACCUGCAUGAACCAAGUUCUGUGAAAAGCCAAAGCCUGCUCCUCAAAAGGUCCGCCAAUUGUUCGUAAAAUUCUGUAGACUUUCAACUGGUAAAUAUUUGCCGAAAGUAAAUUUGGCAAUUAGGGAAACUUUAUUUUUUUUUUAUUUUUAAGAAAUGACACUUCUAAUUUGCUAGCUACUAAGUUGAUAUGUUGCUGGCAAAAAAAAAACAAAAAGAACAAAAAAAAAAUAUGAUUCCUGCUUUUGAUUUGUCUCGUAAGAAUAAGGUAAAAAGCUUAUGUUACAAUUCCAAAUAGUUUGUAUUCUUACAUUCAUCAUUGGUAAUUCUGGUUUGAACUCUUAGAAUUGUUAGAGACCUCUGCGCGCGAUAUUGUGCAAUUCCAAUGGAAAUCUCAAGGGAAUACUGAAGAACAAGUGGUAUGCCUCUUUUAAGUAAUCAGUAAAUUAUUUCUGAUAGUGAAUUUUUAACUCAUUCCAAAACUCAAAUUUCUAUUCAAAUUCGGUUCUAUCUAAGAUUGAACGAAAUAUGGUCUCAUUUAUGUGUGAGUGGUGCUCUGCUAAAACGAUGGCAAUCAGAUUUUGGGUUUUUGACGCUAAUACACUUGUAUGUGCGUGCCGAAGAAACAAAUUUAAUUCAGACGUUUAACUUGCUCUCAGAAGUAUUAUUCUUCCACCCUAUACGACUAACGACUGUAACCUAUUCAACAUCUGACCUUACUUACGUCUAAGUUGCAACUGUGGUCAGUAAGGGUAUUGACAGUGAUAGUAAAAAGGAAAACCUGCCAAAUUUUUUCUCACUUCCUGGAAAAGUUGGUCUGAAACCAUAUUUUUAGUGUAUCAAUGUGAGUUUAUUUAAAUUUGUUACUUUUACAAUAAAAAUUUAAUUUCGAGUUCCUCCCAUCAAAAUCUGUAUGUUUCCCUCCCGCUAUCUAAAGUGUGCUUGUUCUUACACCAAAAUUUGGUACAAUACCAAUAAUUCAACAACACCCCCUAUUCCAAUUAAUGCUUAUUGUUUGAUUCCAAAUCAUUUCAUAAGAGGGGAAAAUUGUCCAAUCCCGUCCAUCCCUCUCAGAUUCACUCAGAUACGUUUCAACCUCAUCUGGCAGAAUUGAUUCAGUUGUAGAGGGAAACAUUUUUUUUUUUUGCUAUUUCUGCACACGAGGGACUCAAAUUACGGUCAUUUUAGCAGAGCACCUAUUUAAAGGUGAUGUUAUGCCCUUACAAUAACGAAGAGAAAAAUUGGACUCUCGAUUUUAUGGCUCUGUUUGGAUGUUUUUAUUUCACUUGGCAACUUGUUUGUAUCAGAAUAAAGGCACUUGGCGCCUCAAUGUUUAUUUUGCGUCAAGCAGAAAUUAUAACCUUUCACAUGUCUAUGUAUUCAAUAUUUCAUUUAUGUAUAGAUCAAAGGGUCCUUGCGAGUUACAUAUGCAAUUCUAUGAUUUGUUUUUUGUAAUGUAAAUAAAAUACUGUGACAAAUUAAAA